CUGAUGUCGGAAUCUAAAACCCAGAUUUAGUUUUCCCUCUCCAAAAUCUUGUUCUUUGCGUUUUUUAGGGUUCUGAGAUUUUGAGAUUUGAUCCUCGAAUCGGAAGAGAUUUGACUGGUUCUGUCAUGUAUUCUCUGAUACUCCAUGGAAGAAGAUCUAUCGAGUUACAUAAAUGGCAUAACUUUAGUGUUUCAGUGAAGCUUUUGGAAAAUGUAUUCUCUGCUUUUUCCAAUUCCUUCUCCUCUGCUGCUGAUGUGAGCCUUAGAGAUGGUCGAAAAGGUAAGAACUUUACAAUCUCUUACCUCGUUGAUUCAUUGGGUUUACCUAAAAAGCUCGCUGAAUCGAUUUCAAGGAAAGUCAGGUUCGAGAACAAGGCCAAUCCCGAUUCUGUUCUGAGUCUAUUGAGAAGUCAUGGGUUCACAGAUUCUCAGAUCUCCACUAUCAUUACGGAUUAUCCAACAUUGCUUAUAUUAGAUGCUGAGAAAUCACUUGGUCCCAAGUUUCGGUUUUUGCAGUCCAGAGGAGCUUCAAGCUUUGAGCUCACUGAGAUUGUUUCUACAGUUCCUAAAAUCUUGGGAAAGAGAGGGGACAAAACUCUCAGCUUAUACUAUGAUAUCGUCAAAGAGAUUGUAGAAGCGGAUAAGAGUUCCAAGUUUGAAAAGUUGUGUCAUUCUUUGCCAGAAGGUAGUAAGCAGGAAAAUAAAAUCAGAAAUGUUUUGGUUUUGAGAGAAUUGGGUGUGCCUCAGAAGUUGUUAUUCUCCUUGCUUACAUCCGUUGGUCAACCUGUAUGUGGAAAAGAUAGAUUUGAUGCAUCCCUCAAGAAGAUAGUUGAGAUGGGUUUUGAUCCGACCACCGCAAAGUUUGUCAAAGCUCUAUACGUUGUUUACAAUUUGAGUGGCAAAACAAUAGAAGAAAAAGUCCAUGUUUACAAAAGGUUAGGCUUUGCUGUGGAAGAUGUAUGGGUAAUGUUCAAGAAGUGGCCUUUCUCUUUGAAAUUCUCAGAGGAAAAGAUAACUCAGACGAUUGAAACCUUGAAGAUGUGUGGUCUGGACGAAAACGAAGUCCUUCAAGUGUUGAAGAAGUAUCCGCAGUUUAUACGUAUGUCACAGCAGAAGAUAUUGAACUUCAUUGAAACAUUUUUAGGUCUAGGAUUCAGCAGAGAUGAGUUUACGAUGAUAGUCAAAUGCUUUCCUAUGUGCUUUGGAUUGUCUGCAGAGACGGUGAAAAAGAAGACUGAGUUUGUGGUGAAGAAGACUAAUUGGUCACUAAAGGACACUACUUUGUUCCCUCAGGUAUUUGGAUACAGCCUGGAGAAGAGGAUUGUACCAAGGUGUAACGUAAUCAAAGCACUCAUGUCCAGAGGAUUGCUUGGAAGCGAACUCCCUUCAAUGGCGUCUGUCUUGGCAUGUACCGAUCAUGCUUUCGUUAAAAGGUAUGUGAGGAAGCAGAAUGACAAGGAGCUUGUGGCUGAGUUGAUGGCUAUUUUCAUUGGAAAGAAGAAGAGAAACUUCCAAAUGAAAUCAUUAAAGCACGAUGAUAAAGCUUCCGAAUGAAAUUAAUAAAGGGUUUCUUAGUUCAUACUUGUGCAUUACCUUUGUAUCGGCUUUGAGAGAAUUAGGUGUGCCUCAGCGGUUGUUGUUCUCCUUUCUUAACUUUGCUUAGACCUUAAAUUCUAACGUUAGUUGAUCCUAGGAGCAAAUUAUUUGAUUGUAUGCAAUUGGAUUUCCAAAAUUUUGUAAUUUAAGAAACUGAAGUUUCAAAG